ACCUGCAUUCCUUUUCUCCUUGUGAUUGAUGGUACUGCCGACCAACCUUAGGUUCCUGGUCUUCAUGGGGUUAGGUUUCAAUCCCAUUCCUCUCAUUUCACUCCACGUCUUGGCCAACUCUGUGAAUCAAUUAAACAAUCAAAAAAAGGAAAAAAAAGGAAAGAAAAAAAAAAGGAGCAAUUUAUGAUUGAUUCCAUGCACGCUAAAAAACUAGAUGUUUAAUGUCGACACAUUUCCAGCAACAAUUUCCGGCUUCUGGGGCUAUAUUUUAGAUGCUUGAUUUGGAUCCACCAACUCCUGACGUUGAAGUUUGAAGUUGCUUCGUAACAUAGACAAUUCUUCAGUAACAGCCUUUCAAGUAAUCAAUGGUAGUAGGGACGUCCAUUCAAGAAGACAACGUUUCUCCCUCCAUGCUGUCACCUAACAUUGUUUUCUCUCUCCUUGGUAUAUAACCACCUGUUCUUUCCACCAUUCCCAUCUCACCAAAAUGGCUUCAAUGUGUUGGACCUUCAUUUUGGUUUGCUUCUGCUUUCAACUAGCCAUUACAAAUGCACAAGCACCAGCAGCUUCCCCUUCCACUUUGCCAACCACCACACCGCCCCCUUCAACCUCCGUGCCACCACCUGUGACUGCCACAACUGCACCGACACAGCCACCUGUAACUGCAGCUACACCCCCACCUGCAACCACUCCUACAUCUUCACCAGCUCCAAAAGUUGCACCAGCUAUAAGCCCAUCAGUCCCACCCCCUCAAGUUCCACCACCACCAGUGCCACCACAAACUGCUCCAGUACAACCACCGGCAUUGCCACCACCUCCGAGUUCACCACCACCACAGGUACCACCUGCACCAGUCCAGGCACCACCUGCACCAGCACCUGCACCACCACCACCAACGCCAGCACCUGCACCACCACCACCACCACCACCAACACCAGCACCUGCACCAAUUACUCUGCCACCAGCACCAGCUCCAGCCAAGCACAAGAAGAGAAGGCACAGACACAAGCACAAGCGGCACCAUGCACCAGCUCCAGCACCAACUGUCCCAAGCCCCCCAUCACCACCUACAGUCCAAGAUAAAGAAGACACAACGCCAGCACCUUCACCAAGUCUAGAUUUGAAUGGAGGAGAUUCACUGUUUGAAAAAGGAGGAAGGUCUAGCAUUUGGGCAAGAACUGGAUUAGCUAUUGUCAUUUUGCUGGCUGUGACAGGCUACAAUCUAGAGAUCAUCUUAUAAGAAGAUCAAUUUUCAUGAUUCAAGGAGAAGAUUAUUACCUUCAUACACUGUAAGAUCAUUAAAAAUUCAUAUGGAUAUAUGUCAAUUGGACAAAGGAUGAUGAAUCUGAAUUUUGUUAACAUUUUUUUUAUCCUAUUCUUUCCAACUGUCAUGGUGAGGAUAAAUUUGAUCCAUAACCAUCUCUAUGGAACUAUCUAAGAGAAAAAUAUGAAUAAUAUAUUUUCAACAUC